CGGAACGGCGCCUGCGCUCCCGGCGCAAGAGAGAGAGAGAGAGAGAGAGAGAGAGAGAGAGAGAAAGUGCGGGGACGCACGCCCCGCGCCUGCUGUGCGUGCGCGCCGGAGCGCUCGGGCGCCUCGCCGGUCUUUUGUCUGGAGCCAGCGCGGCAGCGCCGCGGCUCCCCUGCGGAUCUCCCCCGGGCCGGCGCCGCGGAGGCUUUCGGUGGACCCAUUUUUUGGCCACGGACAAUAGAGGGGACGCUGCCCCGCCGCCGCCCCGACGAAUUCUCGCUAGGGGCCCUCCGCAUCUGGGCAGCUGUUCCCACCGAGGGGGAGCGGAAAACAACAACUCUUAAGGUGGACUUGCUCUUAAGGUGGAUUUUGCCGUCAAGGUCGGGCCUGCGCUGGAGGGCCGGUGCGCGGCUUGCAUCAGCCGGUGUGUUAAGGUUGGGAUCUCUCCUUUUUUUGGAAUCGGCUCAAGCCGCUUAACAGGACGAUCCGUCAGCCUCGCCGAGGCGAGCUCUGCGCCUUGUUGGGCUAUUCGCACCGGCUUUAAUUCGGGCUCUUCCUAACCCCACCUUCGAGGAAGGAAAAGAGCACCCUCCCUUCUCCUGGCCCAAAAUAAUCCUCGUCAUGGGAAAAGUUCGGUAGCCGGGCUCGAACUCGCUUCGUUUCUCCCUUCCCCCCCUCGUAACAAUGACUAAAUCCCGGCCUUUUUUCAGAAAAAGACCGCCGAUGGCCGAAGCAGAGGUGGGAGUUCAAAGCCAGCAACUUAGCUGUCGAGAGCUGGACAGGAGAGAAGCGUUACUUUUUCAAGUUUCUAGUUCUUCUUGAUCCUGAAGGAGGGGGCGGGGGAGUCUCUUUUAUAAAGUUUUUUUUCCCUAAAGAGAGAGAGAGAGAGGGAGGGUGUUUUGGAGGCCUUCGAUUUCCUACCUCUCAGUCUCUCUCCUUUCAACUAUACAUAUAUAUUUUUGUUGUUAAUAUCAAGUUUCUUCUCGCAUUCAUACUGGAGAGUCCAAGGAAGAAAGGCAUGGAAACAGUUGGAAAAUUUGAGUUCAGCAGGAAGGAUUUGAUCGGACACGGGGCUUUUGCGGUCGUCUUCAAAGGGAGACACAAAGAGAAACCUGAUGUGGAAGUUGCAAUAAAAUGCAUUAACAAGAAAAACUUGGCAAAAUCCCAGACUCUCUUGGGGAAAGAAAUCAAGAUACUGAAGGAACUGAAACAUGAAAACAUAGUUGCCUUGUAUGACUUCCAGGAAAUGGCCAACUCUGUUUACUUGGUUAUGGAGUAUUGCAACGGUGGCGACCUGGCAGAUUACUUGCAUAAUAUGAGGACGCUCAGUGAAGACACGAUCCGCCUCUUUCUCCAGCAAAUUGCUGGGGCCAUGAAGGUGCUGCACAGCAAAGGGAUCAUUCACCGGGACCUGAAGCCUCAGAAUAUCCUCCUCUCCUUCCCGGGAGGCAAGAAAUCGAACCCCAGCAACAUCCGCAUCAAGAUUGCCGAUUUUGGAUUUGCCCGGUACCUGCAGAGCAACAUGAUGGCAGCGACGCUCUGCGGCUCCCCCAUGUACAUGGCCCCAGAAGUUAUUAUGUCCCAACAUUACGAUGCCAAAGCUGACCUGUGGAGUAUAGGCACCAUCAUCUACCAGUGUCUGACGGGAAAAGCACCCUUCCAGGCCAGCAGUCCUCAAGACCUUCGUCUCUUCUAUGAGAAAAACAAGGCGCUCAUGCCCAACAUCCCAAGGGAGACAUCGGCCCAUCUGAGGCAGCUGCUGCUGGGGCUCCUGAAGCGGAAUCACAAGGACCGCAUGGACUUCGAUGAAUUUUUCCAUCAUCCUUUCUUGGAUGCAAGUGCCUCAAUGAAAAAAUCCGCUUCUGUGCCAAUGCCGUCUUAUCCGAGCUCGGCCUCCGGGAGUUCGUCCAGCAGCUCUUCCGCAUCCCAUCUCGCCUCUCCUCCUUCCCUCGGAGAGAUGCCGCACCUCCAGGAGAAGGCUUUAGCCUCGCCUGUCCAAGGUUCUCCUGGCUUCCUACAUGGGUCCAAAGAGUCAGCUGGCAGCAGCAGCAAGAAUUCCUCCUGCGACACCGAUGAUUUCGUCAUGGUGCCGGCCCAGUUCUCAAGUGAUAUAGCCGCGGAGGCUGCAGGUGGGAAACCAAUCCAGGACAGCUUGAUGUGUAGCGGCAGCUCCCUGGUGGCGUCGGCGAGCUUGGACAGCCAGGGGCGGACCUCGUCUCCUUCUCCUCCGUACAGCAGCUCUCCCGGCUCCUGCAGGCCCGGCCCGCUGUCCUCGAGUGGCAAGUGCGGACAGUCCGUGCCCAUCCCGGUCCCGACGCAGAUUCACAACUACCGGCGUAUCGAGCAGAACCUUCAGUCUCCGAACCAGCACGUCUCGCCACACAGGUCCGGGAUGGUCCGGCGGUCCGGCAGCACGAGUCCGCUCAGCUUCGCGAAGGCCAGCCCCUCGCCUCCCUUCAGUGCUGGGGAGCAUGGAGCCUGCCGCAGGUUCUCCUUUGGCGGUGCGAAGCCCUACACGCCGUCCCCGCAAGUUGGAACAAUUCCAGAGCUGCCUGACAAGUCUGUAAUCCCUUCUGCUCCCCUCGGAGCAGAGACGAGAAGCCGGGCCCCCAUGCCUGGUGCUCCAGUGCCUGACCCUUCCCUGAGAGGGAUGGGCUCUCGCCUCCACAGCGCGCCCAACCUGUCCGACUUGCACUCCUGCCGGCAGAAGAUCACCAAGCAGUACUCAGAUCCUCUGGUGCCCCCUUUCAGCCCCGUCCCGGCCGGCCAGCCCGCCCAGCCCCACGGCCUGCAGCCGUGCCGCCCGCUGCGGUCCUCCCCGAAGCUCUCCGAGUUCAUGCAGUGGAGCCCCUUGCCCACCAUCAUGGGCUCCCCCACAAAGGCUAUGUCACCCUUUGAUUUCAACAAAACCCCCAGCUCCCAAAACCUGCUCACCCUCCUGGCCCACCAGGGCGUUGUGAUCACGCCAACGAGAAACCGGACGCUGCCGGACCUGAAGGAUGUGGGCCAUUUCCACUGUCAGCAGGCCGGCCUCGGUCUGAAGCCCAUGGAAGAAGCCAAGGGCAGGUCGCUCAGCACUGGCCGCCUCACGGAUCUGCUCCUGAAGGCUGCGUUCGGGGAUGCUGGCAGCAGCGACAGCUUGAACCAUGAGAAACCCAUGGAGGUCACAGCAUCUCCCGCUGCCUGUGGAGGAAGCCUGCCCCCAGGGGCCGGGGAGGGCGGCUCAGCCAGCCCCUCUCCCGUGGUCUUCACUGUUGGAUCCCCUCCCAGUGGGACGACACCGCCACAGACCACCAGGACUAGAAUGUUUUCAGUGGGAUAUUCUAGCACCCUGAACUCUGGAGGAUCUUUUAGUGGCCGGCACUUCAUCAUGGGAGCCGGUGGGGAUGUCCUAGAAGCCCCCGUGGGCCUCCGAUACGCUUUUGCUGAUCCCGUUGCUGCCAACCUGGAAGGAGCUGUUACUUUCGAGGCACCUGAACUGCCGGAAGAGACGCUCAUGGAACAAGAACACACCGACAUCCUGCGCAGCUUGCGGUUCACCCUGGCCUUCGCCCAUUACGUGAUGGAGAUCGCGGCCAUGAAGGGCAGCCCCAGCGAGAUGACCAGCUCCGUGGCCUCCGAGUACCAGCUCCAGGAGAGCGUUGUGGCCGACCAGAUCAGCCUGCUGAGCAAGGAAUGGAGCUACGCGGAGCAGCUGGUCCUGUACCUGAAGGUGGCGGAGCUGCUUUCCUCGUGCCUGCAGAUGGCCAUAGAGCAAAUCCGGGCCGGCAAGCUGUGUCUCUCCUCCACCGUCAAGCAGAUUGUGAAGAAGCUCAACGAUCUCUACAAGUCCAGCGUGUCCUCCUGCCACUGCCUGAACCUGAGGCUGCAGAGAUGGUUCUUGGACAAGCAGAAGCUGAUGGAUCGCAUCAACAGCAUCACAGCGGAGAAGCUCAUCUUCAGCCACGCCGUGCAAAUGGUUCAAGCGGCAGCACUGGACGAGAUGUUCCAUCACCGGGAAGACUGUGUGCAGAGAUACCACAAGGCACUGCUGCUGAUGGAGGGACUCCUGAACGUCAUCACGGAGCAAGGGGACAUCGAGAACAUCAAUAAAUGUAAAGUCUGUGUCGAACGCAGGUUAUCGGCCUUGCUUUCAGGGAUCUGUGCAUGAAGAAAGCCGGCGUGCUGGUCCUGCAGGUGGAUUCCCCCUUCCAUCUCUGACGUGCCUGCCAGCAAGAAGACGAAACCUGUUCCAGCAGGCCCCCGUGGCGACAGAUCCCUUGGAUGGCUCCGACGGGUUCCCUCUUCGGCAUGAUUCAAGGAGACCUUCCCCCAGUUUGGAGCGCCAACCUCUCCCCUGCCUCCCUCCUCAGGGACACGAGCAGGGACGGCCGCAGUCCUUUUGCCGCAAUACAAACUGAGGAGAAAGCAGAGGACCAGUCAGGGAAGGCCUGCGUUUUACUUCCCUGGAUGAUACUUCCUUGUGCAUGAUGUGCAUUUUUGGAGGAAAGGACCGCCACCCGACCAGCGUUGUCCCAAGAGCUGGAGACACGACACGCUUCCCUGCUGGCAGUGGAUCUACUGGGUGCUCCUGCUCUCGGAGUGAAGACCCUGUCUCUUCCGGAAGGGGACGCCGUUGGUUAGGAGGAAUGCCACUCUCCAGUCUAGGCCAGUCAUAUCCUCGACCCCAUUUGCCAAUAGCCAAUCUCUCAGGAGCCUUCUGCAGCACUGUGUCCCCGUUCGCGCUCUCCAGCAUCUGCCUAAGCCUCUCACAGCUCACUGCAUGGGAAGAGAAGCAGCGGUCCUCCAGCCGUGGGGAGACGCCCCGCGCUCACCGUGGCUUGAGCAGCCGUGGCUUCUAUCCCUCCGUAGCGAUGUUGGAAAGAAGACUUCAGGGAGCCUCACCUGCGUGAUGAACGGGGACGAGCGGGUGUUGGGGAAAGAGGCAGUUCUAUGUUUACUCUGUGGACUUAGACAGAACUGUAGAAGAACCUUGCAAAGCGUCUUUAGGUAAAAGCAAAUUGGAACAGGAAACAAAUGGACUCCGGGCCAUAUUGUAGUGGCCACAAGAAGCCAAAAUCCUCUAGAUGGACGAUUUUCUACGCCCCACGAGGGGGUCACGAAGUAGAUGCAUGCCUAUAGCCCUUUCUUGCGAAUGCGUCUGAGCUGUUUUGGGCUGUUGGCUAGAUUAAAUAAAUUCCGUCUCCCUCUCACCCCUGGUGGGGGUGAGGAUGGGAAAUGAGAAAGAACACACACACACACACACACACACACACACACACACGCUUUGCGAAACAAAAGGAGCACUUUAUGGACAAAUUGAACUUGAACUUCCGGGCACUGAGUUAUCCUGCAGUGUUCCAGAAACGUCAUAACUUAUAGGAAUGCUGUUUUCCUCGCCUUCUACCACCUCUGGUUCCUAGUUUGCUGAUAUGUUGUUCUUCGUUUGUUUGGUUGUUGGGUGGUUGUUUUCUUCUUUUUUUUAAAGAAAUUGCACUACAAGUGUGUACGCGUGUUUGUGCAUAUAUAUAUUAAUAUAUAUUAGUAGAUUUAAUAUGUAUUAAUAUCUAUAUGAGAUAAUGUAUAGUGUAUUUGUAUGUGUUUUUAACUGUACUGUAUCUUAUGCUUGUGAGGAGAGAAAAGAAACAAUCACACAGUCCCUGUUCUCCAGGACAAGCACCACUAGCUUGAAAAGGGUCCGGCUUCAGAAUUAUUUGCUUUACCUUUUGCUAUCUUUCAUUUUGCUCUUUUACGUGGGCACACCACUAGGACUUUUGGAGAGCUCAAGGACAAGGCUUUGACGUCAGGCAUGCAUACAAGAGUUAGACAUUCAUUGUUGUCUUUUCCAUUUUAGGGUUUUUUAUAUAAAACACAUCAGUUUUCUAGCGGCCCCUUUUAUCGGUUGACCAUCCUCCCCUCGCCUGUAUUUUUAACUAAGUAGCCAAAAAGAACGGAGGGUUGUAGGACGUGUUUCCUUCGCGCGGUUUUUGUGUGUGCGUAUUUGGGCUGGGGGUGUUAUGACGCUGGUCAAAUGUGUGAGAGAUGGACCCGAGGGCUACCUUUCCGUGUUAGUUUUGUACAUGUGCGUGUCCGAGUGUGCGUGUGUGCACGUUUUUCGUUUUUUAAUAGAAUGGAUCCAACUUACAGCAGUAUUUUGUCUGUGCUAGGCUAGAAAACCUGGAUUUCAGGAUUAAUUUUUUUCAUUUUUGUUUUUAGAAGAAUGGGUCAUGUAUAUUUAUUUGCACGCCAUGGGCUGAGACUUCACUUAUUUUCCGACCUGCUUGUGUGUACGUUCCCCUUUCCUUUUUCAAAAAUAUGCAAGGAGCAACCCGACUGUCUUGGAAACCAGUUUCGUGGCUUCUGGCAAGAGGUCUUCUGGUGCCAGAAAAAACACACAUGAUUCUGUGAAAUUAAGAACCACGUUCGUGACAUCAGCACAGUGGCUGUGAUCUUCGCGCCCUUCUUUCAGGGCCUGCCGCUGCAGCCACUCUGUUGUGCCUCAGACGUGUGCGAAGAAGAACAGUUCGGUGGCCUAGGGAAUGCCAACAGCGUGUAACAGCGCUUCAUAGAGAAUUGUCGGUUGUGCUUGCAGCAAGCGUGUUCCGAUUUGGACUUGGCCAGUGGGAAAUGGCUGUGUUCUUGGUGGCUGUGUCUGUAUGGAAAGACGGCAACACAGCACAACUGGUGUCUUGCUUUUGUUCAACACUGACACACUAUGACAAUGUAUGGGGUUCGGGAGGCCAAGUGAGCCAGUCCAGAUGUUCGGGGCUGCAUCUCCCAUUGAUUCUAGCCUGCGUGGCCAGUGUGCUGUACGACAAAACAUCUGGAAGGCCACAAAUAGUCCACCCCUUUGUUAUACUUUGUUUCCAGUGCUGGGUCUGUUUUUACAUAUUCUCCAGGUCCUUUAUUUUCCCCCUUGAUGCGAAAGCCAUGACCACUGCUCCCCACGCUGGAAAUUUCAAGUGCCCCCGCUCGGUUUUGUGCCGAUUGUCGAUUUUAUGAGUUUGAGUCAUUUGUUUUCAAUGUGCAUCCGUUUGUAUACGAGUCCAGCAACAAAUUUGCAGGGAAAUUGGUUUUUGGGGGCACACAGGGGUGCCCUCUUGGCUUUCUUGUCCUUGUAAAAGGAGAGGGGAAGCUCUCUUCAAAGCGAAAUGGUACUUGCCACCACAGUCUUAGGAAGCCCUUAAAUUACAAUUAACCAGAUGUUGCCCCAUGAAUCACGGUGCCAUUUCUGUUCAGUCAAAAGACUUUCAAGUCCACGAGCCACGGUGACAGGUUGUGUAAAUGCUGCUACCUGGCACGUGUACCUUGUGAUUGGACUUUCAGUAGGGCUUCUAUUUAAUCGGGAUGUGUGCACGGAAAGGAAGCACGGGAGACCGGGAAUGCCGCUCCAAAUCAAACUGAAUCCGUGAGCCUGGCAGAGAGGAAAGCGCUUCCUUCCCUGGAGGCCAGUGUGACCUUGGCCAGGCCAUGCGCUUCAACGUGGCAUUCCCAAUUUCCCCAAAGGCUCACCCCCCCAAGUCCGCUUGGGUGCUCUGCUUCAUUUCCCCGUUCCCUGCAUUUUAACUGGUGGUGGAUCCCAGUGGGGGCUGCCUUCUGGACUCCCACCGUGCCACAGAGUCCCCUUGCACCCGAAGCAUUGCCGGGCAUCAGAAACAGCACCCAUCGCCGGGCAAGCUCGCCCUCAUGAUGAGCACCGAUGUAGCAGAAAGCUCGCCACCUCCUGGGGCCGUUGCUGCCCUCAUCCCAACAAAACGUGCUUCCUGCAUCCCCGAACACGGCUCAUUUCCUAGCUAGCGAGACCAGUAGGUUUGCUCCCAGAUCAGCAGGGGGGCCUCCCUCCUCCCCAUCCCUGUAAGAACAUGGCCUAAAGCCACGUGUUGAACGCAGCUGUAGCAUUUGGCCAGCUCCGCACGGACUUUCUAGCUGUACUUAGUUACUUGAAUGUAUCACAGUUGUCCCACAUCCGACCCAGUCAUUGCUCCAAAAAAGAAUAGAUGCUAUACGGUUUACAGAACUUCAACCUAUAAAUAUAAUCUCAAUACUUGAAAUAUAGCCACUGUGCUUGGAUGAAAAAAUAAGACAAGGAAUAUUUGCCAUUGUGUUGGCAUUUUUUAUUCUAUUUUAUUUUCCCCCAAUCUAACUGCAUGUAGCAUGAAACGUUGGGCCUUUUUUUUUUUUUGGUGGAAAGCUAGUAUAUUUAUUGCUUUGUAAAGUAAACAAUAGAAAAGUUUGAAAAACGAGGAGGUGGGGAAAAGAAAUCCAAGCGGAAGUGGCUAUUCUAAUCUAUUCACUAUUGUUCAAUGGAUUUGUUACUGUUUCAGCGUUUUGUAUGUAGUGUCUUAAACUAGAUUUCAAGAAACCUCAACCUAUUAAUGUGUAUGUUGACAGUCGUGAGAGAGCUGUUCCGUCUCCACAUGGUUAUGCUUGAUAACUGUCAUUUUUAAAAAAGAAAAGACGAUGUGUCAUGUGUUUUCAUUUUUGUUCUUGCUUUAAAUUGUAUAACGCUGACUUAAGGAAAUAAAUUGAUUUGUAAUUGUU